CAAUUUAUCUGUUUUGUAAUUUAACUUAAUGAGAUCCAUACGAGACUUAUAAAGUGAUUUCAUUAUUUUUUAAUUAUUUUUUUUUUCAUAUCAAUUCGAAGAUUUUUGUUUAAACAUUUCCAAUUGAAGCGACGAACAUUUUUCAUCAUUCGUCGCGAAUAAACAAAAAAGACACAAGAAGAUUGUAAAUAAAAAAAAAAUAAAUAAAAUAAGUGUGACACGAAAAACGAAUUGAUUUCAUCGAGACUCAAGUGGAUAAUCUGUUUAGCAACAGUUUUAAUUACUCAAAAUGGAUCACAGUGCACAUAUGGGUCAUAAUCACGUGGAUCACGGAAUGGAUCACAGUAAUAUGGAUCACAGUAACAUGGAUCACAGUAACAUGGACCACAGUACUAUGCAUGGCGAUAAUAGUGGAAAUGCCAGACACGAUAUGGGACAUAUGAUGGAUAUGACUUUCCAUUUCGGCUACACCGAAGAAAUUCUUUUUAAACAAUGGUCCAUUGACAGCACGAUGGGUCUCAUACUUUCCGUAAUAUUGAUUGCCGCCAUGGCCGCACUAUACGAAGGCUUGAAAUACUAUCGUGAAUAUUUGUUCUGGAAAACGUACAACAGCUUGCAAUACCGUGCUGUCACUCUUCCGGAUAAAAAUGCCGUCGUCGGUGUAAACAGCGAAGAUACAACUGGUGUCAACAUUGUCGGUGAAGUCAUGCACAGACAGCCGCCAAGUAUGACAUCCUUCAUGCACAUCUACCAGACAUUUUUGCACAUUUUGCAAGUGACGUUGAGCUUCUUGCUGAUGUUAAUAUUCAUGACCUACAACGUUUGGUUAUGCCUUGGUGUUGUUGUUGGUGCAGCAAUCGGUUACUUCUUGUUUGGAUGGAAAAAGAGUGUUAUUGUUGAUAUUACUGAGCAUUGUCACUGAAACCGAUCAAAGUUUUUCUUUCGUUUACACAAUACAGAAAUUUUUUAACUAACGUUACGGAACCAUACGUCCGCCGUACUUUUUAUAGGUGUAAAAAAUAAUUUUUUUAAAUAUAUUGUUUCGAAAUUUUAUUUUGGAAAAAAAACUUAGGCACUUAAUAAAUGGAAUUUAAAAAGGA